ACGUAUAAAUGUCCCAGCGACGCCGCUGACCGCAUCAUUCAUCGUCUGCAGAUCGACAGCCGCCGACCACCGAACAGCCAUGAAGCUGAUUGUGAUUGCCGCCGUUCUGGCCCUGGCCGUCGCCGACUCCGGCUACCAGUCCAACACCUACGACACCAACGGUUACGGAACCAACACCCACGACACCAACGGUUACGGAACCAACGGUUACGGAACCAACACCUACGACACCAACACCCACGGCACCAACGGUUACGGAACCAACGGCUACAAAAACGACGACCUCUCCGAGCCAACCCCGUACGAGUUCGGCUACGCCGUCAACGACCACUACCAAGGCGCCGUCUUCUCGCAGAACGAGCAGGCUGACGCCUACGGCAACGUCGAGGGCUACUACUCGGUCAACCUGCCCGACGGCCGCGUCCAGCACGUCAAGUACGUCGCCAACGACUACGGCAACAACGCCGAGGUCACGUACACGGGUGAGGCCCAGCACCCGGGAUAUACCCCCACCUACGGCCAGGGCAACAACCAGGGCUACAACGGCCAGCCGGCCUACUCCCAGGCCUAGUGAAUCAGGCUAGAAGACGGCAGUUAUCGAAUGUCUUUCUACGACUCUCUUGAAAUGUCGUUCGGGCAUUCCAUUGUUCUUAUCAAAUGCAAGUUUACUUUGUGUGAUCCGUCUGUACGACGUCCGUGUUCCAUGUCUUUUGAUUGUGUUGCGUCGUGAAAGACAAAAUAAAUAUGAUGCUCAAAACCAUAA